AUGAGUUGAAAGUAUACAUUGGAUUUAUUAGAGUCAUAUACUUUUGAGUGCAUACAUGUUCAUCAAAAUCAUAAUCAUAAAGGAAUUCCGCAAGAUCAGUGUGAUAAUUUAAUUGAAUGCGAAAUAUUGCCAAAUAGCAUCAAAGAACAAGCGAUCCAAUAUUAUAUUGAAGGAUUUACAAUUAGGCAGAUACAGUCUAUGCUAAGCGCAAAUGAUGAUUUUAAGAUAUCAAUAGAGAAAUUAUACAAUGUUGUAGAAUAUUAUGCAAAAACUCAUUCGGAAAAUUUCACCUUUGAUAGAAUAAUAUCAAGCGAAUGUCAUCAUACAAAUGCAAUAAUUGAAUUUGAUAGAGCCUUAAUGAGAUUUUUUAUUACAGAUUUAUCAAGAAUAGAGAUGUGACAAAAAUUACAAGAUGUGAUACUUAUAGACAGUACAUAUAAGGUUCAUGAAAGUUUUAGAUCUGCAGUAUUUAUUUUAACUGUAGAUCCAUAUGGAUCUAACUAUGUGCUAGCAAUGGCACUUACAAAAAAAGAAACUGAAAACAACUAUUCAUGAAUAUUUAUGAAUUUUCUAAAACAUUUUCAGAGUCCACAAGUAAUUUUUGUGGAUCGCAACCAAGCACAGUAUAAUGCUCUUAGUGAUAAGUUUAGAAACUCAAAGAUAAUUUUUUGUUUAUGGCAUAUUCAAAGGAAUCUUAUAACAUACUUGACUCCUUUACAUAUUAGCUGAUCAGAAUUUAAAAAAUAUUGAUACACUCUAUAUCACUCUCAAGAUGCUAAAACAUUUAAUAUAAAUUGAAGUUCUAUAAUACACAUAAUGGAAAUAGGCUGAUUUUUGUUUUUAAAGAACCCAUGGGUUAAAACGGUGCCUAUGCAUCGUUAUAAUUAAUGAUGAAUGAUGAUGAUUACUUUCUGGAAUUACAGUGCUAAUUGAUAG